GUAAUGGUUGUACAUGAAUUGCAAGCUGGUCUCUAGUGGGGUCUCUGUGGGAGGAUGAACACGGAAGAGCUGGAGCUACUAAGUGAUUCCAAAUAUAGAAACUAUGUAGCAGCAGUUGACAAAGCUCUGAAGAACUUUGAAUAUUCCAGCGAAUGGGCAGAUUUAAUAUCAGCACUUGGGAAGCUAAACAAGGUGCUGCAGAACAAUGCAAAGUACCAGGUAGUGCCCAAAAAGCUGACGAUAGGCAAGCGCCUGGCGCAAUGCCUUCACCCCGCUCUGCCCGGUGGCGUUCAUCGGAAGGCCCUGGAAACCUAUGAGAUCAUCUUCAAAAUCAUCGGGCCCAAGCGUCUGGCAAAGGAUCUUUUCCUAUACAGUUCUGGCCUAUUUCCACUCCUUGCAAAUGCUGCUAUGUCGGUCAAGCCAACGUUAUUGAGCCUCUAUGAGAUUUAUUAUCUCCCACUGGGGAAAACACUGAAACCAGGUCUGCAAGGGCUGUUAACUGGGAUACUGCCUGGUUUAGAGGAGGGAUCAGAGUAUUAUGAAAGAACAAACACGCUGCUGGAGAAGGUGGCCGCCGCUGUGGACCAGUCUGCCUUCUACAGCGCCCUGUGGGGCAGCCUCCUCACCAGCCCCGCGGUUCGGCUGCCUGGCAUCACUUACGUCCUCUCCCACUUGAACAGGAAGCUCUCCAUGGAAGAUCAGCUCUAUAUAAUUGGCAGUGACAUUGAAUUGAUGGUGGAAGCAGUAAGCACAUCCGUGCAGGAUUCCAGUGUGUUAGUUCAGAGGAGCACUUUGGAUCUUAUCCUUUUUUGUUUUCCUUUCCACAUGAGUCAGGCAACACGUCCAGACAUGAUCAGAAUUUUGUCAGCAGCCCUCCAUGUAGUACUGCGCAGAGAUAUGUCACUCAACCGAAGGCUUUAUGCUUGGCUUCUAGGCUUUGAUAACAAUGGUGCCCUUAUAGGACCUAGAAGUACAAGGCACAGCAAUCCCGAGGAACACGCCACCUACUAUUUCAACACGUUUUCUAAGGAAAUGCUAGUCCAGGCAAUGGUUGGAAUAUUACAAGUUAAUGGACAUGGAGAAGAAAGCACAUUAAUGCAAGACUUAAAACCUUUUCGAAUUCUUAUAAGUUUGCUGGAUAAGCCUGAACUAGGGCCYGCCAUCCUAGAGGAUGUGUUGAUUGAAGUGUUUCGAACGUUAUACACACAGUGCAAAGCAGAACUGGAGCUGCAGGCAGAACCUUCUUUCAACAAAGACCACACACAGCUAAGCAGCAAACUGAGAGAAAAUAAGAGAACAGCAGAACUGAUUAAAACUGCCAAUCUUCUCUUUAAUUCUUUUGAGCCUUAUUAUAUGUGGGAUUACAUUGCUCGUUGGUUUGAAGAAUGUUGCAGGAGGACGUUACAUGCCAGACUUCGGACUGGGCCUGGAGGUGGUAAUGAGCAAUCUGAGUUACCCCUGACAAAUUUCUGCUUGCUAGUGGAUUUUUUGUUGGAUAUAGUGUCUUUGCCUACUAGAAGUAUGAGAGUGCUGUGUCAGGAAACUUAUAUUGAAAUACAAACAGAACAUUUGCCUCAGCUGUUGCUCAGAAUGAUUUCUGCGUUGACAAGUCAUCUUCAUACGUUGCACUUGUCUGAGCUCACUGAUUCUCUCAGACUCUGCUCGAAGAUCCUGAGCAAGGUUCAACCUCCCCUGCUGUCUGCGGGUACAGACGGCGUCCUGCAGCUCCCUAGUGGACACAGCAGCUCCAUCAAAGAAUGGGAAAAUAAAAAGGUGCCCUCAAUUUCGCUUGACAAUCCCAAUGAUGUGUUUGAGGAUGGUGAAAAUCCUCCCAGCAGCCGGUCUUCAGAAAGCGGCUUCACGGAGUUCGUGCAGUACCAGGCGGACACCACGGAGGACAUCGACCGAGCGCUGAGCGAAGGCCCCGGCGCCGCCGGCAUCCCCGUCGUGGGCAGCACGUCCUCGGAGACCGAGACCGCGUCCACCGUGGGAUCCGAGGAGACCAUCGUGCAGCUUCCCGCCCUCGUGACACAGGGGACGGCGGCGCGGAGCGGGAAGACGAUCCAAAAGACUGCAAUGCAGUGCUGCUUGGAGUACGUCCAGCAGUUCCUCACCAGGUUCAUCAACCUGUAUAUCAUUCAAAGUAAUACCUUGUCUCAGCCUUUAGGGACCGAGCUUCCCGUAGACCCCACCAGAGAGCAAGUGCAGACUGCAAAGUGGGAAAGGGAGUCACAAGGAGAUGCUAAGGUGAAGAAGACGAACAAGAAGAAAACACCAAAAGAAUACCUGCCUGCCUUUAUUGCUGCCUGCCAGCUCUAUCUUGAAUGUUCCAGUUUUCCCGUUUACAUUGCGGAGGGAAAUCGUACUUCAGAAUUACAUGCUGGGAAACCUGAAGUUGAUUGUGAACAAGUGCAGCCUCCACUGUGGCUUCAAACUCUGAUGAAUGCUUGCAAACAAGCGAGUGAUUUCAGCAUUCAAGGUGUUACUAUUUCCCUUGUGAUGGACUUGGUCGGAUUGACUCAAUCCGUGGCUCUUGUCACUGGAGAGAAUCUGAACAGUGUGGAAACUGCUCAGCCUCUCAGCCCUAACCAGGGGCGAGUGGCCGUGGUCAUUAGACCUCCCCUCACUCAAGGCAACCUGAGAUUCAUGGCUGAAAAGACAGAUUUCUUCAAGCAUAUAGCUUUAACUCUGUGGGACCAGCUGGGUGAUGGAACUCCUCAGCAUCAUCAGAAGAGUGUGGAGCUUUUCUACCAGCUGCACAACCUUGUUCCGUCUUCUAGCAUUUGUGAAGAUGUUAUUAGUCAGCAGCUGACUCACAGAGACAAGAAAGUAAGAAUGGAAGCUCACGCCAAGUUUGCGGUGCUGUGGCACCUCACCCGCGAUCUCCAUAUCAACAAGUCUGCUUCCUUUGGCCGCACCUUCGACAGAUCUUUAUUUAUUAUGCUAGACAGCCUUAAUAGCUUAGAUGGUUCGACGUGGUCGGUGGGACAAGCCUGGCUAAAUCAAGUCCUCCAAAGACAUGACAUUGCAAGAGUGCUUGAACCUUUACUCCUGCUGCUUCUCCACCCAAAAACUCAGCGAGUUUCUGUUCAGCGAGUUCAGGCUGAAUGUUACUGGACUAAAUCUCCCUGCCACCCUGAGGAAGAAAAUGAAAAGCACUUUAUGCAGAAAUUUAGCUGUGCAGAUGCUUUUUCUCAUGUGCCUUUAAGUCAAGGACAACUUAUACCUAAAGAGAGCAAUGAAAAGCAACUUGUUAUGGAUGAAAUGGAGAACUUCAGCCUGACUGUCAACCCCCUGAGUGACAGGCUUUCCUUGUUAAGUACCAGCAGUGAGACUAUUCCAAUGGUCGUGUCUGAUUUUGACCUUCCUGACCAUCAGGUUGAAGCUCUGCAGAGUUCUGACUCUGGCUGUUCUCAGUCAUCUGUUGGAGACAACCUCAGUUAUGAGGUAGAAACAGAAAGUUUGAGCGCUCAAGACAGCUCUCAGACUCUGAGAGAGGACUCACCCGAUGAAAUUGUGCAGCAAGUGGUUACUGAUCUGAUAUGCCAGGUUGUAAGUGGCCUCGGAGAAGAGACUGAACCGGUCGCACGUGACCCGCACUCUGAGGAUACUUCAUGCAAGUUCAGUCCAUUAGACAACUCUGAGGAGGUGACUAAAAGUGAAGAUCAGAAUAUUCAAAGUAGCCAAAGUAGUUUGCUUAGUAACGACAGCUCCCAGCUGUUAUCAGCAUCAACUGAGACUGGACUAGAGAGUUUACGAGAUGAAAUUUCAAGAAAUAACUCUUCGCCCUGUAUUGCUGCAAGUCAGCAGUCUCUCUCUGAUGUCGCUUUUACUUCCUUGGAAUCAAAGGCCAGAAAGCGAAGCCACAGUAGCAUUCAGUUCAGCUUCAAGGGAAAGCCACCAGAAAAGAUGUCGGAGAAAGAAACGAUUGUUAAAGAGUCAGGAAAGCAGCCAGGGGCAAAACCUAAAGUGAAAAUAGCCAAGAAGAAAGAUGAAGAGAAGAAGAAAGCGCAAACAGAGAAGCUUAAACAAACCAAUGUCUUCUUCAGUGAUGGUCUUGAUUUAGAAAACUGGUACAGUUGUGGAGAAGGGGAGAUCUCAGAAAUAGAGAGUGAUGUGGGCUCCCCCGGAAUGCGGCGGCCUCCCCACUUCAAUAUCCAUCCCUUGUAUCAGCACGUCCUGCUCUAUCUCCAGCUGUAUGACUCUUCCAGGACACUCUAUGCUUUCUCUGCAAUCAAAGCAAUCCUGAAAACCAAUCCCUCAGCUUUUGUAAGUGCCAUCUCUACUACCAGUGUCAACAAUGCAUACACUCCCCAGCUCUCCUUGCUCCAGAAUCUUCUAGCCCGGCAUCGAAUAUCUGUUAUGGGCAAAGAUUUCUACAGUCACAUCCCAGUCGAUUCGAACCAUAACUUUCGGAGUUCUAUGUACAUAGAAAUUCUUAUCUCCUUGUGCUUGUACUAUAUGCGGAGCCACUAUCCCACUCAUGUUAAAGUAACCUCGCAGGACCUCAUCGGAAACCGUAACAUGCAGAUGAUGAGUAUAGAGAUUUUGACYCUUCUUUUUGCUGAGCUGGCCAAAGUCAUAGAAAGCUCUGCCAAGGGCUUCCCCAGCUUCAUUUCGGACAUGUUAUCCAAGUGCAAGGUUCAGAAAGUGAUCCUGCAUUGCCUGCUGUCCUCCAUCUUCAGCGCGCAGAAGUGGCACAGCGAGAAGCUGGCUGGAAAGAACAUAGUGGCUGUGGAAGAAGGCUUCUCUGAAGACAGCCUCAUAAACUUCUCCGAAGAUGAGUUUGAUAACGGGAGCACGCUGCAGUCGCAGCUCCUGAAGGUGCUGCAGCGGCUCAUCGUCCUGGAGCACCGCGUCAUGACGGUGCCCGAGGAGAACGACGCGGGCUUCGACUUUGGCAUAACGGACUUGGAGCACAUCGGCCCUCAGCAGCCCAUGACCUCCCUGCAGUACUUGCACUCGCAGCCCAUCACCUGCCAGGGCAUGUUCCUCUGCGCCGUCAUAAGAGCUCUGCAUCAACACUGUGCCUGUAAAAUGCAUCCCCAGUGGAUUGGCCUUAUCACCUCCACCUUGCCUUACAUGGGGAAAGUUCUGCAGAGGGUCGUCGUUUCCGUGACCCUUCAGCUUUGCAGGAACUUGGAUAACUUGAUUCAGCAGUAUAAAUAUGAAACGGGGUUAUCUGAUAAUAGGCCUCUCUGGAUGGCAUCGGUCACUCCACCAGAUAUGAUUCUGACUUUGUUGGAAGGUAUCACCACAAUAAUUCAUUACUGCCUCCUGGAUCCAGCUACACAGUAUCAUCAGCUUUUGGUUAAUGUGGAUCAGAAACACUUGAUUGAAGCUCGCAAUGGGAUCCUGUCUAUCCUGCACAUGAUCAUGUCUUCUGUGACCCUUCUGUGGAGCAUCCUCCACCUUGCAGAUUCUUCGGAGAAAACAACUGCUGCUGCUGCUUCCAUUACCACUAUUAAUCUUGGAUCAACAAAGAAUUUGAGGCAGCAGAUUCUCGAACUGUUGGGCCCAAUUUCAAUGAAUCAUGGUGUUCACUUCAUGGCUGCCAUUGCAUUUGUGUGGAAUGAGAGGAGACAGAACAAAAACGCUUCUAGGACUAAGGUGAUUCCUGCUGCUGGUGAAGAGCAACUUCUGCUGGUAGAGCUAGUUCGCUCCAUCAGUGUGAUGAGGACUGAGACUGUUAUACAAACAGUGAAAGAAGUUCUGAAGCAGCCUCCAGCCAUAGCAAAGGACAAGAAACAUCUUUCACUGGAAGUCUGCAUGUUGCAGUUUUUCUAUGCUUAUACUCAGAGGAUCCCAGUGACCAGCUUAGUAGAUAGUUGGGCAUCGCUGCUGCUUCUGCUAAAGGACUCUAUCCAGGUUGGUCUUCCAGCUCCAGGACAAUUCCUUAUACUUGGUGUUCUUAAUGAGUUUAUUAUGAAAAAUCCAAGUCUGGAGAAUAAGAAAGAUCAGAGAGAUCUUCAGGAUGUAACCCACAAGAUCGUGGAUGCCAUUGGGGCAAUUGCUGGUUCUUCCUUGGAACAGACCACGUGGCUGAGACGCAACUUGGAGGUCAAACCUUCCCCCAAGAUAAUGGUGGACGGGAACAACCUGGAAUCUGAUGUUGAAGAUAUGUUGUCUCCAGCAAUGGAAACUUCAAACAUAACUCCAUCAGUUUAUAGUGUCCAUGCAUUAACCUUACUUUCUGAGGUUUUGGCCCAUCUCCUGGAUAUGGUUUUCUACAGCGAUGAGAAAGAGAGAGUCAUUCCUCUGCUCGUGAAUAUCAUGCACUACGUUGUCCCCUACCUCCGUAAUCACAGCGCUCACAACGCGUCCAGCUAUCGAGCCUGCGUGCAGCUACUAAGCAGUCUCAGUGGGUACCAGUACACAAGAAGAGCCUGGAAGAAGGAGGCGUUUGAUCUCUUCAUGGACUCCAGCUUCUUCCAAAUGGACGCUUCUUGUGUCAACCAUUGGAGAGCUAUUAUGGAUAAUUUGAUGACUCAUGACAAAACGACAUUCAGAGAUUUGAUGAGUAAGUAUUAUACUGAGSAAUCUUCAUUUGCUUUUUUUGUUUCAGAAAGGCUAGUGGAAAGUCUUCGCUUGCCCCAGGUGCCCACUCUUCAUUCCCAGGUGUUCCUGUUUUUCCGAGUGUUGCUUUUGCGAAUGUCUCCGCAGCACCUCACCUCCCUGUGGCCCACGAUGAUCACGGAGCUGGUGCAGGUGUUUUUAUUAAUGGAACAGGAGCUAACUGCAGAUGAAGACAUUUCCAGGACGUCUGGCCCGUCUGUGGCUGGCCUGGAGACCACCUACACGGGGGGCAACGGCUUCUCCACGUCCUACAACAGCCAGAGGUGGCUCAACCUCUACCUGUCUGCGUGCAAGUUUCUGGAUUUGGCCCUAGCUUUGCCAUCGGAAAACCUCCCUCAAUUUCAGAUGUAUCGCUGGGCUUUCAUUCCAGAGGCAUCGGAUGAUUCGGGCUUGGAGGUGCGGAGACAGGGCACUCAUCAGAGGGAAUUUAAACCUUACGUGGUACGUCUAGCAAAACUGCUGCGAAAACGAGCGAAGGACAAGCAGGAGGACUUUAAGACGGUGGUUUUGGAGGGAUUGGAGAUGGCCAAGCAUCAGAAGAACCCAGAGGAGGAGAGCUCAGGGAAACCACUAAGCUGGGAGCCGGGGCACCUGCUUUUAACCCUCUGCACUGUGCGCAGCAUCGAGCAGCUCCUGCCUUUCUUUAACGUGCUCAGCCAGGUYUUCAACAGCAAAGUCACGAGCAGGUGCGUGGGACACUCAGGGAGCCCUGUCCUUUACCCCAACUCUUUUCCCACUAAGGACAUCCAAAUGGAGAACCUCAAGACAUUCUCCAGCAAAGCCAGGCAAAAAAUUGAAGAGAUGGUAGAGAAGGAUUUUCUGGAAGGCGUCAUAAAAACAUGAGCAUUCAUCUUACAUGUAAAGUAACUAUUUAAAUGAAAUGCUGUAUCAUCCUUCCCGGUUGUAUAGUAUUCUUUUCUUACUUUGUAUGUAAUGAGAUACUUAAUGUUGUAUUUAAUUUAAAUAUUUGUAAAUAAGAGAAGAGUUCUGGAUGUGGCCUGAAUCAAGUUUAAGUCKUGGUGGCUCAUAUUGAUUAUGGUGCCUACUAUUUACAGUACACUUGUUUUGUUGUCUUGAGGUCUGUCUGAAAAAAAGAAAAUCCUAAAAAAAAUACAAGGUGCACAUUUUUUCAAUGUGUUUCCAGUUUAUUUCUGUUGUCUGGUUUUAGUAUCUUA